AUGGAGGUGCUUACCGAGACGCGUCGCUACUCCGUCGACGAAUUGCUAAGACUGAGAAGCUCCCUUCCCGUGGUCACCUGCCUCGUCAGAAACAUCAACCAACACCCUGAUAUUGCUUGCAUCUUCAGGAUCCCUGAGGAGGCACUCCGCAGACCAGAGCAGUUCUCUUGCACCUCCGCGCACCUCACAGACAUUACGAACAAGCCUGUCCUUCGCCAAUUAGGCAGAAAGAACGUUACAGAGUCGUCGGAGCAAAGUGAGCCGCGCCCCCUCGAGGUUAGCAGAGUCCAAGGCCUUCAACCUGUUCAUUGGCACCUUCGAAGACGCGAGAACUCAGAUCGAUCUUCUCAACCACACUCUGCACCAUCUGGCUUCGCCGCACAACAAUCUGAGAACUUCCAAAAAUUCUACAGAGCUGUUGUAUCACCCACCCACGUACGUGUCACAGCAGGUGGUCGUAUCGUACCAAACAACCGAUCUCCAGCUCCUACACCUUCAGAGGUUAUCACUGACAAGAACGAGCACGAGCUCGAGUCUAAAUUUCCCGGUGGAGUCCCUUGGAUUCAAGACGUCUCCUCAGUGUAUUCGCAGGUUCCUCAGGUUCCAGGCGGUUCGUUGCCCCCAUUCAACUUGCAUCCGCAAUCCUCUGCAGUUGGCUUUCCCAUCAUGCCUACCCCACCACCUGGUUACUAUGGCGCUGGAGCGGCUGAGCAGCUCUCCAAAUCACAUUUGGGCGCACAGCUUCCUGGGGUCAAGCCUCAGCAAAUCAAAAUUUCUCCACCGGCUCAAUUCGACCAGACCAAGCCAUUCACCUACAAUGGUCAGAUUGUCUACCCAGUUCCUUACGGCCACCAACCCCCUCCAAAUGCAAUUCCUCUUCCCAUGGGCAUGCUAGGUAAUCCGAACUUCUUUCCUCAGGUUGCUCCUCAACCACCUGGUCUUAUGCCUUCUGCAUUGCCUUUCCAAUUUGCCAAUCAACCAAAUCCUGUGAUCUUCGCACCUGCUCAGCAAUCUGGAAUGUUGGCUAUGCCGAAUGGUGUCCAAGGCUCUGAACCUUUCAUGCCUUAUAUGCCGGUUCCCGGUCUCCUUUUGCCUUCAGACUAUAUGAAAUCCCAGCUUCAAGUCUUGCAAGCCCACCUCCACCAGAUCGAUACAAUUCUGGGCAGCGACAAAAACAGAGUGGAUAAGGCAGUGCUAGAGCAGCAACGUACCAGCCUCCACUCCCAGAUCGACCAUAUGGAGGAACUUCUCCAAGUUAAUUGUAGUCGUGGAGGUACUGCAACAGGUGUUGUUCGUCGUAGUGACAACAAGUCCGGUGGAUCACACGAAGAGCACAAGUCCACUCGAUCUGUAUCCGAGAGUCUUCGGGCAGACACUGCAACAAAGACCGAUGCCAAAUAUGACAACAGUGCUUCUCAUCAAGAUUUGCCGUCCAAAUCCAAGUUGACUAUUGCAGCUGCCAUGGCUCCACCAUUCCAACCACGCUCUCGUACUACUGUUACUUCUGCGGCUGGACAAUCAAUUCAACCAAAGCACCCAAAGCACAUUUCGCGUUCAACUUCGGCUAUUGAAGAUAAUGAGCCUGAGGAAACAGUGGCCGAGAUUACAGCUCGUUUGAUGGCUUAUUCUACCACUGAUUGGCUUCGAAGCGGCUUCAAGUUCGGCAAUGAUAGAGGUUACGAUCCUCCUAAGGACGAAGUUCGCCAUGGCGUCUCUCAUCAUAAUACACAAUAUGAGAAGUCUCGAUCUUACCAGCGUUCGAGUACGUCACAUAGUCAAGCUCCUGCGAUGAAGCCAAACACUUCGGCACCGCCAUCCGAGACUAUCCCUUACCUCAUUGGCACUCUCCCAACUGGUGUAAGUGCUCAGACUGCCAACGCUAAUGAUCUGGUCUAUUCUCGUCCAUUGACAGAUGAUGAGCUUCGUGCACGAUAUCUGUACUGGGGAAAGGCACCUCGAUCUGUUCAGAGUGGUUUGCCCAAGUUUGAUGGAAAGGAUUUCUACCCACCUUCCCCGGUAAAGAAGCCUGCCAGCAUUGCUUCCGUUAAGUCGGUUGAGACCCAGGUAUCACUUGAGAUCGAGCCUGAGAAGACGUACCCAUUCCGUCUUCCAUCGAACGAUAUUGCAUACCUUAAGCCAAUUCCUCAACCGGUCUUUACGGAUGCCAAGAGCAGAGGAAAUUCGCAGCAGUCUACCUUUACACAAGGAUUGCAUAAUGGUUGGUCCCGCGAUUCAAGAUCUGGUCACAAUCAGGAGGCUACUGUUGGGGAGAAGGUCGUCAAGUCGGUUCCUGGCCUUGAUUUCUCGAAACUGUUCAUGGAGAAGGGAUGCCCCGGAUACAGAUCGCCCUCUCCAAAGCCCACUGUUGUACGAUUCAGCAGAGAUCAGGAUGAAGCACCUGUCACCCCUGAGAACGCUACAUUCUUCGAGGAAGCCGAGGACGAGGUCGACGAUGCUAAGUCCGAUGAUUCUUGGCAACCAGCUGGUCGCGAUUCUCAACGCUACAAGAGCGAGAACGGCGUCAUCAGUGUCGAUUCUACUGCCAGCGACACACAGGAAACCGAGUCAACCGUCGAAAUUAAUCUGUCUCCUCGCGCCAACGGUCACCGAGUUUCUCCCAAGCCUUUGAAGUCGUUUGAUGAGCGAGUUGAGAACUUCAAAAAUGUUGACGAACAGACAAUUUUCUUGCAGCAGAUGCUUAAGAACGAAGGCCGAGCUGGUACUCCUUUGAUGGGAACCAUUUCGUCUGCCACUGCUCAAGGAUUCCUCCCUCAAUAUCGUGGAUCCGCGGCUGCAUCUCUUACCCCAGCUGAAUAUAUUCCAUACAAGUCAGCUUCAACCAAGGCCACAAACUCACAAGCCGAGAAUCGUCCAUUCAACCAAGAUAAGAAUGAACGCCAUGGUGUUCCUGGUCCCCAGACUGCCGAGGCAUACUUGAGACAGAUCAGUGAACAGCUCCAAGAGACCGAAAAGAGUACCCUUGAUCAAGGAUGGAACCCUAACACCACCCGUACUGGACCUGUCCGUCCUGGUGAGGAGUGGUAA